AUGUCUUGCUUCAAGAGCAAAUACCAAGAUGAGCUGAUUGCGAAUGCUGCAUACAUUGGGACCCCUGGAAAGGGUAUCCUUGCAGCUGAUGAGUCAACCGGCACCAUUGGAAAGCGUCUAGCGAGCAUCAAUGUGGAGAAUGUGGAAACAAACAGACGCAUUCUUCGUGAGCUCCUAUUCACCGCCCCUGGUUGUGUUGAAUGCCUCAGUGGUGUCAUCCUGUUUGAGGAAACCCUCUACCAAAAGACAGCUGCAGGAGUACCCUUCGUGGACGUAUUGAAGAAAGGAGGAGUACUUCCUGGCAUAAAGGUGGACAAGGGCACGGUGGAGCUAGCCGGAACAAACGGCGAAACCACCACCCAAGGUUUAGACGAUCUCGGCCAGCGCUGCAAGAAGUACUAUGAGGCGGGCGCGAGGUUCGCAAAGUGGCGGGCAGUUCUCAAGAUAGGACCAAACGAGCCCUCUCCACUCGCCAUCCACGAGAACGCGUACGGGCUGGCCCGUUACGCCGUCAUUUGCCAGGAGAACGGCCUGGUUCCGAUCGUGGAGCCCGAGAUCCUGUCUGACGGGCCGCACGACAUCCAGAAGUGCGCGGACGUGACGGAGCGCGUGCUGGCAGCGUGCUACAAGGCGCUGAACGACCACCACGCGUUGCUCGAGGGGACGCUGCUGAAGCCGAACAUGGUGACACCGGGGUCGGAGAGCGCGCGCGUGGCGGCGGCGGUCAUCGCAGAGCACACGGUGAGGGCGCUGUUGCGGACCGUUCCGCCGGCGGUUCCGGCUAUCGUGUUCCUGUCGGGGGGGCAGAGCGAGGAGGAGGCGACGGUGAACCUGAACGCGAUGAACCAGCUGAAGGGGAAGAAGCCAUGGUCGUUGACUUUCUCGUACGGAAGGGCCCUGCAGCAAAGCACGCUGAAAGCGUGGGGUGGCAAGGACGAGAACAUUCCCAAGGCACAGGUAGCGUUGCUCGUGAGGUGCAAGGCCAAUUCCCAGGCCACGCUUGGGACUUAUAAGGGUGAUGCCAAGAGCGAUGGCGCGUCUGAGUCUCUUCAUGUUAAGGAUUAUAAGUACUGA